CACUGAUAGGCGGCACUGAUAGGUGACACUGAUGAUGGGACUGAUAGAUGGCACUGACUGGCAUCACUGCUGGGCACUGACUGGCGGCACUGACUGGCACAACCUCUGGGCACUGACUGGUGGCACUGACUGGCAGCACUGCUGGGCUGCACUGGUGGGUGGCACUGGUGGGCAGCACUGGUGGGUGGGCACAGGUGGGUGGCACUGGUGGGCACAGGUGGGUAGCACUGAUGGGCACAGGUGGGUGGGCACAGGUGGGUGGCACUGCUGGGCACAGAGUGGCACAGGUGGGUGCAUGCUGGGCACAGGUGGGUGCACUGCUGGGCACAGGUGGGUGCACUGCUGGGCACAGGUGGGU